AUGGCCAAUAGCGUCCCGCCGACGCAGUUCUUCAUACAGAAGGAUAUCCCUCCGCAGACGCAGGCUGAGCUUGUAGACGCCAUUACGCGAAUGGGUGGCAGGGUAGAAUCGAAAGUGCCUCGGGCGGGCUUCAUCCUCACAUUACCUGGUUCACCGGAAGAAGAGCGGCUGCGCUUGUGCUGGCUGACAGCGGAUCGACCGGAACGGUACUUCGUGCCUUGGACAUAUGUGGAGGCGUGUAGGGUGGCAGGAUCGAUGUUGAAACAAAUAUUUAUUCAAAAUGGAGAACCGAUCAAAUUCCACAUUCAUCCGUCUAUCGCCAACGUGAACGCGAGAACAGCGUUAGCGCAGCGUAUCCAGCAUUCCGGUGGCGACCCCAAUGCCACACAACAAGACGCCAGAGUGAUUCUGGCUGAUCCCAAUACGGAGGUGUUUGAUCACUUGGUGAAAACAUAUCAGGGCGUCCCUGAAAAGUACAUUGAAUCGUACUUGUGGGUCAAAAAGUGUGUGGAUAAAGGUGGUGUAUACUAUACACCUCUAGUGUACAAGAAUCCCGGAGGUAGACGUCCUGGGGAAGAACGGACGCAAUUCAAUGACGAAGACGAGGAACACUUGUGCCGAUGGAUAGCGGCAAAGAUACCUUACAAGGAGACCGGCGGCCGUACAGGUAACCGACUAUACCAACAACUCGUCGAGCUGUCCAGUGACCCGGAGUACGCUUGGGUCCAACGGCAUACGUGGCAGUCAUGGAGAGAACGGUACAAGAAGAACGCGGAUCGUCUCGAUGCUAUGAUUGCAACAAUCGUUGCCGAGACAAAACCCCAGCUGGGUGAGAAGGGUCAAUACGGCUAUGUUCGAAUGCCGGAGGAGAAGCCAAAGCGAGAUCGCGGCCGCAAUGAUCAUGGACAACCAUACCCUCAAGCGCACUUGCACCCUGCCCCUCAGGAUAAUCCGCACAUUCCUGUACUCCCUCAUCCUCCGCCAUCCCCACCUCACCUACCGCACUUGCCUCCUAUUCGCCAAUUUGAUUCAGCUGUGGACUACCUGAACCUGCCAGUGCUUCCGCCUAACGGUCCCAAUGCUGUGAACGGGGAUAAUGGGGUGAACGGAAUGAACAGCAAUAUACAGGCGCACGAGAAUCGCGAACAGGGUAAUAUUGACCCCAAUCUCGAUCAGAAUCAAGAGGGCGCCAAUGCUGCUCCUGCUAUCAAUGGUAAUGGCGAAUAUGAUUCAGAUUUCCCAGCCAUCCGCAUCGGUACCGCCCCUCCUCCUCCAUGGGCCUUGCAGAAGCGACGAUACAGCGAUGGCUCCGAAGAUGAGGAAAGGGCUAAACGGUAUAGAGCGAACGACGCAGCAUCCUCUGGCAAAUGCAUGCUACGGGCCAAUUCUCCUCGGUCAUUCCCCAACGGCCCUUUGCACGUCGUGGACCAGGCUAUCAUGGACAUCGCAAAAGAAUCAAGGUUCACUGUCGAGGAGGUACAAGAGUUCUACGACAAGACCGGACAGAUGGAGGCCACUCGGGAGCGGUUCAUGAAUAUGAGGAAAAAACUGCUUGAAUUAUUUGGAUGA